AUUUCCCUUGAUCGCCAUUUUCCCUAGAGAAACUAGACUAGUCUCAAGCGUACAAAAUAUCACCAUUGUCUAUUGGUAUUCAUGAAUGCAAAAAUAUGUAAACUUCUUUCAAGAUACCUGACAACCUGUAGUUAUGAAUGAACGUAAAUGCAGGACACGCAUAUUAUAUCAGCGACUGUAGAUAGCAAUUUUUGUUGAUGGUGCACGAAAAUAUCACUGUGUUGUAACUGUGAAGUAAUAUAUUUAUUACCAGUGAAGUUUGUAUCGUAUUUGUUGUUUAAUACAGUUCUAUAUAUAUGUCAUUUUAAGUAAAUACGCGAGUUUGUUUGCAAAAUUAGAAAUAUUUAAGGUUAAUACCUGUUAAACUGCAGUAAAUUUUUCAAAUUUUACACGUUGAUGAACAGAACAAAUGAUUGAUUACAAUAAUUUUUAAUACAAUACAUUAUAAAAAUUAUGUAAAUAAAAUGGUUGCAAACACAGCAGAUGAUAUGCCUGGAUCCAUAUAUCAUGAAAAACAAAUAAAAGAACUUUGUGCAUUACAUGCAUUAAAUAAUUUGUUCCAAGAGAGGGGUUUUAACAAACAAAAAUUAGAUCAAAUUUGUUACAGUUUAAGUCCAGAUGUAUGGAUUAAUCCACAUAAAUCACUAUUAGGAUUUGGCAAUUAUGAUAUUAAUGUUAUUAUGGCAGCAUUACAGCAAAAAGGACGUGAAGCAGUAUGGUUUGAUAAGCGCAGAGACCCCAAAUGUCUGUGUUUAGAUAAUAUUGAAGGCUUCAUAUUAAAUGUACCAACAAAAUAUAAAUUAGGAUUUGUGUUACUUCCUUUAAAAAGACGUCAUUGGAUUGCCCUAAAGAAAAUUCAUGGGGCCUUUUAUAAUUUGGAUUCGAAACUUGAUUCCCCACAACUUAUAGGACAGGAUAAUGACUUACUUACAUACCUAAAGGAUCAGAUAGAUAGUAAAGAGAAAGAAUUAUUUCUGGUUGUGUCAAGAGAAAUAGACAAUAGUCAAGGAUGGUUAAUAAAUACAUGUACAAAUAAAGAGAAGGAUAAUGCAGAUAGAGAUGAUGCAGAAAAAGAUAACACAGAGAAGGAUAACACAAUUACAUAUAUUGAAGAUAGUUGUACAGAUAUGGAUUUAAAAAAAAUGGAGUCAAAAGAAUUGAAUGAAAACGAAAAUUCUCUAGAUAACAAAAAUGCUAGAUAAUUAAAGGCUUUUAAUUUAAAUAAACAACUCAAUAUUUCAGGCCAAAAUAAAUUUAAAAUUGAGAUGACAAUAGUCCAAUAAUAAACAACUUUAGAAAAUUGAAAUAAAAAAAAA